UUCUCUACAUGGGGCUUCUCAGAGCUAGGGUGCUUGAAACCAAGCUCUUCAUCUACUAAAGAACAGCUGCAUGCAGCACUACUACCGGGAGGAACGGCAAGCUCUGUUGCAUCAUUACCAAAACCACUGUCGAAUGGCCCAAAGAGAAGAAGUAGUAGUCACGUUUGAUGAUGGUAUUGGUUGUAGCAACGAACCCAUUGAUGUAAGCAAGAAUGGUAGGGGAAGUCUAAGCAAAAACUCUCAAGGUUACCCGGAGACGCUUGUAUCUCCAAGAAGUGAAUCGGUACGAGGAAGAAAUAAAGAUUUGUCGGUUGAGGAAGAAGUUCUGAGGUGUAGUUCAAAUGCUGCAUUUCGGCGAGAUCCGUGGAGCUACGUGCUAAGCAGGAAGUCUAGGCUGAUAGACCUGCCAGAGGACCCAUGCGAAGGUUCAGAAAGAGGUGUCAACUUUGAACGAGUGCCCGGAAAAGAUGACGAUUAUGAGGAUGAUGAUAUUGAAGACAUCCCACAAGAAUAUAAGAGUCUGAAAUUCAGCACGCUGACAUUACUUCAAUUGGUGAGUCUUAUUUUAAUCAUUGCUGCCUUGGCGUGUAGCCUUUGGAUUCCUUUUCUGAAGAGGCUAAAAUUGUGGGAUCUUCCAUUAUGGAAGUGGGAAAUACUAGUUUUAGCAUUAAUAUCCGGGCGUUUAGUUUCGGGUUGGGGAAUUCGGGUGGUUGUGUUUCUUAUAGAAAACAGUUUUCUUUUGCGAAAACGGGUUUUGUACUUUGUUUAUGGGCUAAGGGGAUCUGUUCAGAAUAGCCUCUGGUUGAGUAUGGUUUUGCUAGUAUGGCAUAGUAUUUUCGAUGACAAGGUUCAGGAGGAGACCAAGAGCAAGAUUCUGCCUCAAGUAGAUAAUGUUCUUGUUUGUUUUCUUGUUGGUACCCUUGUUUGGCUUCUGAAAACUCUGCUGGUCAAGGUCCUGGCUUCAACCUUUCAUGUAAACACAUUCUUUGAACGAAUACGUGAGGCUUUGUUCAAGCAGUUUGUGAUCGAAACUCUUUCUGCUCCCCCAUCAUUUAGGGGACAUAACACACGAGAGGAAGCUAUGGCUGAGGUUCAAGAGUUGAAGAAAGAUGGGGUUACCAUGCCUGGUGAGCUCUGGGAAACUUUGCUUCCCAGGAGUGUAAGAAGUGGUGAACUGCAAAAUGGUCCCACAGUUGGGAAGAAGUAUCCAUUUUCAAGCUUUAGUUCUAAAAGGCGAGAUGAGGAGAUUGCAGUUGACCACCUGCACAAGCUGAAUCAGAAGACCAUCUCAGCUUGGAAUAUGGGGAAAAUGAUUAAUAUUAUUAGGCAUGGGGCUCUAUCAACUCUUGAUGAGCAAAUACAGAGUUCAAAUAUUGAGGAUGAAGCAUUGUUGCAGAUUACAAGUGAAUGUAAGGCAAAAGAGGCAGCCAAGAGGAUAUUUCAGAAUGUGGUAAAGCCAGGAUCUCAGUACAUUUACCUCGAGGACUUGAUGCGCUUCAUGAGCGAAGAUAAAGCUUUGGAAACAAUGCGUUUGUUUGGAGUAGCUGCUGGGAAAAAAGGAAUCAGCAAGUCAUCCCUUAAAAGCUGGAUGGUUAUUGCAUUUAGAGAAAGAAGAGCACUUGCAUUGUCUCUCGAUGAUACAAAAACAGCUGUGGACGAACUCCGUAAUAUGUUGAAUGUUCUUGUAGCUAUCAUCAUACUGAUAAUAUGGUUUAUAAUACUCGGAGUGCCAAUUACUCACUUCCUCGUCUUCAUGAGCUCACAGCUUCUUUUGGUGGUGUUUAUUUUUGGGAACACCUGCAAAACAGUAUUUGAAGCAAUAGUCUUCUUAUUUAUAAUGCACCCAUUUGAUGUUGGAGAUCGUUGUGAAGUGGAUGGAGUCCAGAUGAUAGUUGAUGAAAUGAACAUACUAACAACAGUUUUUCUGAGAAAGGAUCACCAAAAGAUCAUAUACCCGAACAGUAUUCUAGCUACCAAGCCCAUUGGUAACUACCAACGCAGUCCCCACAUGGUAGACACUAUUGAUUUCUGUAUCCAUAUCUCCACCCCAUUGGAUAAAGUUUCCACCAUGAAAGAAAGAAUAACAAGGUAUAUUGAGAGCAAGAAUGAGCACUGGCACCCAGCGCCAAUGGUGAUAGUGAGGGAGGUUAUAGAUAUGAACAAACUGAUGAUGACUGUGUGGGCCACACACCAGAUGAACUUCCAGGAAAUGAGGGAGAGAUGGAGUAGGAGAGCCCUUCUGAUUGAAGAGAUGGUCAAAGUGUUCAGGGAGAUCGACAUUGAAUACCGCAUGCUGCCUCUUGACGUGAAUAUCCGGAACAUGCCACCUCUCAUAUCCGACAGGCUUCCUUCAAACUGGACAACUUGUGCAAGCCGAUAGCGAUGCCUUUCUUUUCAAAGAAAAAAUUUCUCGGCAGCCGAUAACUAUGCCAACAGAAACAUGUUCGGGGGAACAGUGAUUUUUAGGAAAUUAUUUGCGGUGAUUCAGGAUAAACUCUCUUCCUCAAAGGGACAUGAAAUAGAUAUUUUUCACAAUACAUUUUAUAAUAAUGUAUUAAA